AUGACUGUUGCCACAGGAACAAGGGACUGGUUUGUCAAGAAAUUUGGCGUUUUGGACGAUGAGGCUUUUCAAAAGUUCUUGUCUUUACAGUCUUUAUUCCAGUUGUCUAACGAUGAUGUAUACAUCAAGUGGGAAUCGUUUGUGGUGACCCACGAAAACGGAGAUUUGGAUGUCAGUGCCGAAAAUGUCACCAAAUUUCAGCAAUAUUUGCAAGACUCUCUUGCUCAAAGUCAUAGUAAAAAGACUCCAGCUUCGAAAAAAGUCAGGGAUCUUGCUGGAGCGAAACGUUUGGCUUCAGAGUUUUCAUCUAGUCCAGCUAAAAGACUUACGGCAACUCCUACAUUAAAGAGAAGGAAAAAUGAUCUGACGGUAUCGAGUGAUCCAAUUUCGUCUCCUCUGAAAAAGGAGGCUCUUUUGUCGAGCCCCAGAAAAAAUGAUGCAGACUCGAAUACCAUUUUAGAAUGCUUGAACCCAAACGUCGAGGUAAUCUCGUCCGUUUCUGCUGUGGAGUUGGCAGCGAACUUUGAUCCUCAGAAAUACAAAUUCAGAACUAUGGCAAUGAAACUUCUCGAGAGUGCCGACGUGUUGGACGAACAAAUUGACACUUUUAGUGAACAAUUUCAAGCACAGAUCAGCGACUCUGAUCUCCAAUUUGGGAACCCAUGCAUGAGCUCUCAGUCUGAUAUAGUAUGCUGUGGGCGCAUAGUACCAGACUCACCCAUGUACGAUAGCAUGGUUUUUCAGAAUUUAAAUGACAAAUCUCUCUACUUGGAAACUUCUCGUUUAGGGGGCAUAGGUCAAAGAAUCCCUCUUGAUAUUUCUAAUUUGGACGAGUACUCUUUCUUUCCUGGACAGAUCGUCGGCUUGAAGGGAAGGAAUCCAACUGGAAGAACUUUUGUUGUACAUGAAGUUUUAUCACUACCUCCCUUGGGCCAGUCUGCGUCACCUUUGCUGGAACUUGAAGAAAAUGCAAAAAAGGGAGAAGGGUUUAAAGUGUUCAUUGCUUCAGGUCCUUUUUCCAACCAACACACUUUAAAUUACUCCAAGCUUGAAAGUUUAGUGGACCAUAUCAAUGACAACAUAAAACCCGAAGUAGUCAUAUUACUUGGGCCGUUCUUGGACAUAACGAAUAAGUCUGUGGAAAGCGGCGAUAUCGAAUUGCCAAAUUUACCCUCAAAUCAACAACCGAAGAACCUAGAUGAAUUAUUCAAAAUGGCCGUUGCUCCCAUUCUCAAGAAAAUUGACACACAGAUUCAAGUCAUCCUUAUCCCAUCUUUAAAGGACUCUAUAAACACACAUGCCUCCUACCCUCAAGCAGGGUUUGACAGAAAAAAGUUGGGCCUACCCAAGAACUUUAAAUGCUUCCCUAAUCCUUCCACCUUCUCUGUUAACGAGGCGACGUUUGGAGUCUCGAAUGUGGACCUUUUCAAGGAUUUAAAGGAUGUUUAUAAAGGGGGCAACCCGGAGAAAAGUAAGCUCUAUUCUAACAGGUUUGAAAGAAUUGUUGACCAUGUCUUUAAACAAAGGAGAUUUUAUCCUAUGUUUCCAGGAUCCAUAAAACGUUCUAUGUUGGGAAAAGAAGACGUUGAAACUAUGACGAAUUUGUUUGAGGGUUCGAUGUCUGAGGAAUUGGUAGAAACAGAUGUUGGAGGCUCAAGUCUAGAAGUACCUUACAUGGGGUUGACUGAAUUAGGAGAUGUGUUACCAGAUAUUUUCAUUGCACCUUCAGAGCUUCGAUACUUUGCAAAAGUUAUAAAUGGUGUGGUGGUGAUAAAUCCUGGACAGGUAAUUAGAGCGAACAAGGACCCUGCAAAGGAAGAUGGAAGCUACGUUGUGCUUAAUGUCAAAGCUCCUAAUAAGUCUGAAGAAAACAAUAUUGAGCCGGUUGAAAACUCUGAUCUUUACUAUCACAACAUUGAUAAACGGUCGCGCGUUGAAAUCUACAAGAGUUGA